AUGAAGUGGGGAAAGUUUCUCGGGCUGACGGUCGUUGCUGUUGCUCUCACUGUUGCGGAAGCUGGUUGGAAGACGGACCAUCUCGUGCAAGGCCUCCCUGUUGCCGAGGGACACACGGUUCAGGAUGUGAGCUUCGCAGGCACACACGUCGUUCGCAACGAUAGCCGCACAGAGAGCGCCUUGUUCUAUUGGUAUUUUCCUGCCGAGGAACCUCUCGUGGACAAUCCUCCACUCAUCCUAUGGAUUCAGGGUGGACCUGGAAGCUCUUCGAUGAUUGGGCUUUUUAAAGAGUUCGGUCCGUUCGACAUAAACGACGAUAUCGAGCUGGUCCGCAAUCCCAAUACCUGGAACAAGCACUACUCUCUGCUGUUCGUGGAUAAUCCUGUGGGGACGGGGUAUUCGUAUGUCAAUCCGCCGGGUGAGGUCUCCUUGACUGCAUCAGAGAGGAAAUACCUAAAGGAUGGAACGGGCGGCGAUGGCAAUGAUCUCCACAUUCAGACAUCUGAUGAGGAAAGGCAGCGCUCUUUCCGACCGCAAGUUGAGAGCACUUCCGGGAACGAUGAUGACCCUGAUUACGUGGAUGGCUACGCCGCAAGCCAAAGAGGGGUAUCAGCAGAUUUGAUCCGUUUCAUGCAAGCUUUCUACAAGAACUUCCCCGAAACAGCGAAAUCGCCACUCUUUCUCUCGUCCGAGUCGUACGGCGGUAAAUACAUCCCGGAGCUCGCCACGGCAAUCCUGGACUAUAAUCUCAUCUAUGACAAGGAUAAGAUCCCGCUGAAGGGCAUAUCUAUUGGAGACCAGUGGACUGAUCCCAACACUCAGAUUCUUACGCACGCCCCGCAAGCGUACUAUCUGGGCUUGAUCGAUGCUGCUCAGGCUGAGGUGUUGUCGAACAUUUCACAAGAAGCGAUUGCGCUCAACAUCGAAGGGAAUUUGCUUGGGGCACUGGACCGGAGGAUGCACAUGUUUGACACGUUUUCGAACUUUACGGGUCAUGUCAAUUGGUACGAUGUACGGCGACGUAACCAUUUCUACAACCGUACUGCCAUGAUCGCCUUCCUAAACUCGGAAAGCACCAAAGAGAAGCUUCAUGUCCCCUCACGCGCCAAAUUCCAUACAGACGAUGCAGUCGUUUACCACUUGAAGACCGAUAUCAUGAAGAGCACUGCACACCUCUUCCCUCGUCUUCUGGAGGAGAUGCCGGUCCUGUUGUAUCAAGGACAGUUCGACUUCAGAGACGGGGUAGUAAGUCAGGACAGGUGGAUGUCUGAGUUGCAGUGGUCUGGAAGUGAGGGCUACAAGAAGGCAGAGCGUGAGGUUUGGCGUGAUGCAGAUGGGAAGGAAGUCUAUGGUUACAUCAAGAGAAGCGGGCAUCUAACACGGGCUGUGAUCAGUAGUGCUGGGCAUAUGGCUCCCGGGGAUCAGGGUGAAGCUGCGUUUGACAUGAUAACCAAUUUCAUAGAAGGAGCACUCGGGGAACAGGUGUAG